AUGGUUGCGGACAAGGAAAUCAAGAAUGUAGCGAGGUCUGUUAGAUUUAUAUUCACAGAUCGAGCGGUAGAAGACUUAGUAAAGGUGGGACAGAAUUUCAAAGAUCUUCAUCCAAAGAAGAAGACUCACAAGUUCCCUGAUGGCAUAGAUAGAACGGUCUUCUGUUUUGAUGGGACGAUUCCAAUCAACUAUAAGGUGCGUUGAUAAGAAAUGUUGAUUGUUUGUUGUUUAGGGUAAUGUUUAUCACAUUCCGGUGGCCAUGUUUUUCAUGGAGAAUCAUCCGUAUGCCGGACCUUACUGUUACGUCACGCCAACUGAGAGUAUGAUGAUCAAGGCGAGUAAAUAUGUGGACACGGAGGGAAGGGUCUAUCUUCCUUAUCUUACUGAAUGGCAAUACCCUAAUUAUGAUACCUGUGGUUUAAUUCAGGUAUGUCUUUCUUUAAUUUUUGAACCUUUUCCUCAUUUAUUUUGUCAUGUGAUUAAUAUGAAUUUUCAAAAAAACACGUUGUUUUAGGUGAUGACAAUCGCAUUCCAAGAGAAAUGUCCUGUGUAUGCCCGGAGUCAACAUGCCUCUCAACCGCCGCCACCUCCAGUGAUCCCCCCUUAUCCCACACAACCUCCAUCUCAAAUGCCACAACCUGCCAUGCCCUCGCCCUAUCCUCAACUCGGUCUUUCCAAUCCCCCUUACCCAUCGAACACCCCUUACCCAACUUCUUACCAGCCCUCUUAUCAGCCUUACGUGCCGGAUGUUCAUCAAAGUGGAUCCAGUCGGUCUCUGAAUACUCAAAAUGAUAUACCUACUAACUUUUACAAUACAAUUCAGCCAAAUCAUAUUAGAGAUAGUUUAACAACGGCUGUGGAGGCCAAACUAAAGGAACGUUUGAAGGAAUUGAUGGGUAGGUUUUACUUCUGUUUUUUUAUUAUUUUGUGUUAAGGUACUCCUUAUGCUGAAUUACAAUCAAUCGAAGUUAAUACCCAAGAGCUGAAAACUGGAAAUCAGAAGUUGAGAGAAAUGUUGGAUCAGAUGGAUAAGGAGCAAAGACGAUUGGAUGAUGUUAAGGCCAUCUACGAGGUAUGUGUUUACUCCCAACUGAACGGAUUUUGUAUCAUGGUGAACAUAAUUCAUUUUAGGAGAAACGGCAAGAACUAACCAAGGCGCUAGAGGCCGUUCGGUCAUCCGGAUCGAAUAAGAAUGUUGAAGAUACAGUAGAUGAAGCCAUCGAUGCAGCCUCUCCUCUUCACAAGCAGAUACUACAAUCAUAUGUGGAGGAUUGCGCGAUUGAUGAUACGAUCUAUGCUUUAGGGCAGGCAUUGAAGAAGGGUUCCAUCACUCUCCCCGUCUACUUGAAAUGUGUUCGUCAACUGUCCAGGAAGCAGUUCAGGAAACGAGCGACCUUACACAAGGCGAGACAAGCCGCAGGACUCCCGGUUUAA